AAACUUUUCUAAUAAACACUCUCACCUCCCUCCACCACUUUCUAUUUGAAGAACUUCACACACAAGUUUUUUCUGUGUCUCCCCAAGAAUUUCUCAUCACUCCCCAAACACUCACCACACAAUUCCCAUCACCCCAAAACAAACCAACCAAACCAAAGAAGGCAAGCACAGGCUCUCUUCCUCUCUCUCUCUCUCUUUCUCUUAUAGCAAUGCCAACCAUAAUCACAAGGAUUUUCCUCCUUUACAACCUCCUCCACACUUGGUUCCACUAUUUGGUCCCCAAGAAGCUGAGGGUCUGCCUCCCUCCUUCUUGGUCCCCUCUCCUCGUCGACCCGACACCGCCGCCGGCCCCGCCGCCGUUGCCGCGCUCCCUCUCGUUGCAGAAGGCCCGGAUGGACGCCGCGGAGCUCAGGCGCGUCUUCCAGAUGUUCGACCGCAACGGGGACGGGCGGAUCACACAGAAGGAGCUCAGCGACUCGCUCGAGAACCUCGGGAUAUACAUCCCCGACAAGGAGCUCGCGGAGAUGAUCGAGAAGAUCGACGUCAACGGCGACGGCUGCGUGGACAUCGACGAGUUCGGCGCGCUGUACCGGUCCAUAAUGGAGGAGCGCGACGAGGAGGAGGACAUGAGGGAGGCCUUCAAUGUGUUUGAUCAGAACGGGGACGGGUUCAUCACGGUGGAUGAGCUGAGGUCGGUGCUGGCCUCUCUGGGGUUGAAGCAAGGGAGGACAUUGGAGGAUUGCAAGAGGAUGAUCAUGAAGGUGGAUGUGGAUGGUGAUGGGAUGGUCAACUUCAAGGAGUUCAAGCAAAUGAUGAAAGGGGGUGGCUUUAGUGCUUUGAGUUGACCCACGUCAUGUUCUUUUUCUUCUUCUUUUAUCGUUCUCUCUUUUCUUCUUUAAAUUUUCAUUAAGUUGUAUAUAUUUUUCAUGGUGGUGGAUGUGUGAGGGAGGGGAAAGAAAAGGAGGGAGAGAUCGAAAGGAUUGGGGUUGCUCGUGUCAUUUGUUUUCAUCGCACAUUGCGAGAGGGUUCCGGAGUCUCCGUCGCCACUAAUCACAUGGAUCAAGUAAUUCGAGGUGCAAUGCACGAUAGAUCUCUCAUGUGGUUGAUACGAAUGGAUCGAGUGGAUGGAGAUCUAAUCAAGUGGCGCACGAUGGAGAUGCGGCAAAGUCGAGCACACGGAAGGAAAGGAUUCGAGAUUCAUGUGAUUGUGAGUAUAAAUCUUUUGCAAGUGGGUUUAU